ACAAAUCAUCUAUUUAUUAUCCUAACUAUCUAACGAGAUUCGCUAUAACUAAAACAAGAUUCUGUUUGUAAAGGGUAGCGCGCGAGAAUCGGCGAAAAUAUUUACACAACACACAAUUGUUGAUAUAAAUAUAGAAAUAGAGUUAGGAUUCAAAACAGAAGCAUACACGCAAGGUUUUUCUUCUGCGAAUGAUUCAGAAACCAAAAACCUUUCAGCCUCUACAACAUGUCGCAACACUCCAAUCGCACUGAUUUGCUUCCUGAUGAACUUAUCGUCGAAAUCCUCACAUUGCUUACCGUAAAAUCUAUAUUGCGAUUAAAAUGUGUAAGCAAGUCUUGGAAUGCCCUAAUCUCCAAUCCCAAAUUCGUUAAAUUUCACCUUCAGCGAUCGACACGAAACAAACAGCUACUGUUAACCUUGAUUGCAUCCAGUAGCUAUGUCCAUUGCGGUGUAGUAACGUUUCCAAUACGCAGUUUACUUGAGAACAUAUCAACCACCCUUUGUUACGAACCGAUGAACUACACGAACGAUUGUAGUCGAGUAAUUGGUUCGUGUAAUGGAUUGCUUUGUUUGCUCGGUUUUUCUAAUACAAUUGGACCUUCAAGUAUCUGGAUCCAGUUCUGGAAUCCAGCCACAGGAAUACUAUCUGAAAAAUUUAAAUCUAUUAACCAUCCUCGCCAUUAUAGAUAUGAGAGGCUUAGAUGCACAUUUGGUUAUGAUAAUUUAUCUCACACGUAUAAGGUUGUGGCUGUCACUUCUAUGGAAGUCAAAGUUUUCAGUUUGAGUGACAAUAUUUGGAAACAUCUUGAAAGUUUACCUGUAUUUCCUAUUGAUUAUGACUUUGUUCUUAAUGCUUGUUUUGCCAAUGAUGGUGUGUAUUUGAACAAUGCGGUUAAUUGGUUGGCUUUUAAAAAUAACACUGAACGUAUUCAUUAUUUGAACGGCGUUCAUGUUGAGAAACUUGUGGUUAUCUCUAUGGAUCUUGGUACAGAGACCUAUAGGCAGUUGUUGCUUCCUAAGGGUUUUGAUAAAAUGACAGCUGUUGUUGCGCCAAUUAUUUCUGUUUUGAUGGACUGUCUGUGUUUUUCAUACCAUUUGAUGGGAACUCAUUUGGUUAUAUGGAAGAUGACUGAAUUUGGAAAUGAACAAUCUUGGACUCAAUUUAUUAGAAUUAGGUUUCAAGAUCUGCAAGUGGAAGAAGAGUUUGGUGACUCUAUUUAUCAUAGAUUGUUUCUGAUUCCAUUAUUUCUUUCUGAGAAUGGUGAUACAUUGAUAUUGGCUAGCAAUAUAGAAGAACAAGCAAUAAUAUAUCAUUUGAGAGAUAAUAGAGUACGGCGAACCAAGGUGACCAAUGAUGUGAUGUGGUUAAUUUCCAAAGAUUAUGUUGAAAGUUUGGUUCCAAUUUCCGGAACCUAAGUUUUUUUUUAAUGAGAAUUAUGCAUUCAUUUUGUUUCUUGUGUUUAAAUUCUACUUUUUUUUUGUAUUUUGUUGUUUCACUCAUGUGUAAUGAGUUACGGCACUAUUAAUUGAUGUGUUUUUUGGAUU